GUUCUGCAUCUCGACUUCUCCACAGACAUCUUGGGCCAAUUGGGAGAAGAUGGCUAUGAAGACGGUAAUGCUGGCUGCUGGCCUGUUGCUAGGCUCUGCACAGGCCAUCACCGUUGAGGGUGUACUUGCUGCUCCACGAAGAAGCACGGGUAUCCUCAGCCCUAAAGGAGACCGAGCCCUGUUCACAGAGGCCAAGUACAACUGGACCUCAGAGAAGUCUACAACAACUUGGUACUUCCUGGACACCACGACUGGUAACACCACCAAGGCACCGUUUGGGGGCGCAGUCUCAGAAGUCGUGUGGGUCGGUGACACCGAGGACAGCAUCCUCUACGUCAACUCCACCAACGCUGAUAUUCCUGGCGGUGUGGCACUCUACACCGCUGAUCUUGGAAGCGAUUCGUUCAAACCGAAACUAGUUGCUUCCUUGCACGCUCCUCUUACAGGCUUGAAAGCUGUGAAGACCAAGUCGGGCGCCAUCAACUUCGUGGGCAACUGUCUUGCGUACCAGAGCAACGGCACUGCCUACAAUCCAAAGCUUGUUACCGCGCCAAAGAGCACUGGACAGCUGUACUCUUCCAACUUCGUUAGGCAUUGGAACUAUUACAUCACUGCCGAACGAUAUGCGGUCUUCAGCGGUGUCUUAAACGCCGGAAAUGGCAGCUAUUCCUAUGGUGGUGAACUCAAGAAUCUACUGUCGGGUAUCAACUCUACCAUUACCCGCCCGGAAAGCCCAGUUCAAGGCUCGUCGAGUGAUCCAGGCGACUACGAUCUCUCUCCCGAUGGCCGCUUGGUGGCUUUCCGCUCCAAAGCUCCUGAACUUCCAAAGGCAAACUACACGGCUUCCUACAUCUACGUCGUCCCGCAUGACGGCUCAGAGGUUGCCGUCCAGGUCAACGGCCCUAACACAACGGCUCCCAAGACUGCGCAAGGUGCAUCUGGAUACCCCACAUGGUCGCACGACAGCAAGAAAUUGGCCUUUGGUCAGCAAGAUGGCAUCGACUACGAGUCAGAUAAGUACAAGCUGUACGUUGCAGACAUUGACGGUCUGAACUCUAAAGUAAGGUCGGUUGCCGAGGACUGGGACUCGAGUCCUUCAGGUCUCCAAUGGAGCCCUGACGAUGCCGAUCUUUGGGUCACUUCUGAACUGCACGCCUCAGUACGCCUAUGGCUCGUCCCACAGGACGCAGCAGCCGACUUCAAGCCAUCCAACUUUACUGGUCCCGACACCGUGGUGUCUGGUUUCGGCAUUCUGCCCGAUGGCUCUGCUUUCGUUGCAGCUGCAACCAGUUGGAGCAGCCGCAUUUUCUACAAGCAGCACCCCGGCCAGGACAAGAAGAUCCUCUUCACUGCCAACGAGGUCGAUCCCGAACUCAAGGGUCUCAAGCCCGAUUCUGUCUCUAACUUCUGGAUCAAAAAUGACGACGGUGAUGAUAUCCAGACGUUUGUCUUCUACCCCACCGACUUUGACCCCAAGAAGAAGUACCCACUCGCCUUCAUCAUCCACGGUGGCCCACAGAGCACCCAAGGCGACAACUGGAGCACCAGAUGGAACCUGCGCCUCUGGGCGGACCAAGGCUUCGUCGUGACCUCAACGCAGUUCACCGGCUCCCCGUCCUACAGCCAAGCCUUCACCGACAAAAUCCAAGCAAACUGGGGCGGAACUCCCUACACGGACCUAGUCAAAGUCUUCGAGCACCUUCGCGACAACAUCUCGUACAUCGACACAGACCGCGCCAUCGCCGCCGGCGCCUCAUUCGGCUGCUACAUGACCAACUGGAUCCAAGGCCACGCGCUCGGCCGCGCCUUCAAAGCCCUCGUCUGCCACGACGGCAAAGUGAACCAAGUCGGCUCCUACGCCACCGACGAAAUCUGGUUCAUCCAGCGCGACAACAACGGCACCAUCUGGCACGACCGCGCAAACUACGAGAAAUGGGAUCCCCUCGCCCACUUUGCCAACGCCAGUACCCCGCAGUUCAUCAUCCAUAACGACCUCGAUUACCGCGUCGUCCAGGCGGAGGGCUUGCAGACGUUUAAUAUUCUGCAGGGUCUCGGUGUGCCUAGCCGCUUUUUGCAUUUCCCUGAUGAGGGCCAUUGGGUUACGAAUCGCCAUAAUAGCUUGUUGUGGCAUAAGAGUAUUUUUAAUUGGAUUCGGUAUUGGGUGGGGUUGGAGGGCGAGUUGCUCACUGAGGGGGUUAUUACGCAGUAGUUAGGAUGAUAGGGGAUGAAUAUAUGGUUUGAUGAGUUGAUUUAGUUUCUGGAGGUGAUGUCGUGAUGAUGUUGAUUCGCGCUGGGAGUUUCUUCCAUUCGUGUUUAAAGGACCGUAUGCAAUGGGUGAGGUGAUUCUCAUAAGCUUUUGUGAUAGACAUUGCCAUGUAUAGGAGUUUUGGUGUCCCAGGUUGUAAGAGGAGGAGAACUUGUGAAGCUUAUCCAGAGCACUGUACAUUUGGCAUUGGAACCAUGAACGGUACUAGUUUUAAAGUGUAGUCCUGGAACUCGACCAUGUUCGAAAUAAGGAGGUAUAAUUAGUAAGCUGUAGCGUUAGUUUAUAAACAAUUUU